UAAACCCCUCGACUACUUUCUGUGUUCUCCUCUCAUAGCCGUAGAGCUUGCAGAAUGGCUCUCUCUCAUCUACUUCAGCCAAAAUCAACCCCCCAAAUUUGCAGAUUAGGUUUCUCAACUGCAAGAACAAGACGUUGCUUUUCGCUGUGUUCUAAUGGCGAAAAAGAGAGCCCGCCAGAGUUGAAGGAAGAAGGUGCUGCGGAGGAGACGAGAAUCACGGCACUCGAGCCAUUUGUAGAAGAGUCCUCAGAAGCAAAACCAGGUCUCUUCUCUAUGGCAACUUUUAUGAGAAGCGAAAUGGGAGCAUAUGGUGACACAGCUAAGACAUUAACUGAUCUAUUCAUGGAGCACACAAACAGCCAAAGAGCAAAGAAUGCAGAGAAUGAGGGAAGAAAAUUUGAGGAAGCAAUCUCGGAUGUGCUCCUUUUCAGAAAACAUAGGAAUAUGGAGUUUGAACUUUUAUCUCACUCAUGUGGUGUCUCAACAAGUGGACCAGCAACCGGCUCACUGGAUGAUCAGUUGAAGGAAACUCCUCCCAGUGAAUGCAAUUACAAUCUGCCAGAACAUGAAAAUAUAAGGUAUGAAGACAGGGAGAAGAUGUCUCCUCCAUCCAAUAGUACCCAAAAUGUACUUGAUUUAAAAGAUUGCUCUAUGGAAUCGGCUUAUGACCAAGCAGCAGAGGAGAUUGUUAAGCCAAGUAGUCUCACAUUUACCACUCAACCUUCAGAGAAUUUAAAUGAAUCUCAUAAGGAGGAUGUAGAAAAACUUUCUGACAUAAAGGGUUUGAUUGACUUUAUUAGACUGCAGGAAGAUGUGCCAUAUAAUACACCUAAUCGUCGUAGCGAAACUAGUCUUCUCCAGGAUAACUCAUUAAUUGCUAAGUUGCGAAGAUCUGACAACAAUGGUAAAUCGACUUUGCUGAAUUUUCCAACUGGGCAUUCUGGAACUGAGAACGAGGAAACUAGUAUUUCAGACUGUAAAUCCACUGAUUCCACAGAGUUAAAAGCAAGUGUGAAGGUUUCAGUUCCCAGAAGUAAUAAAGAUCAGAAGCAGUUAACAAACACAAGCUGUUUCAUAAACGAAUUGGAGGAAAACAAAGUAUUAAUCAGAUUCCUGCCUGGUGAUGCAAAAGAGUCUGACUUACUAAAGUAUUUUAGUAGUUGUGGGGAAAUCCUGAAGGCUGAAUUUCCUCGUGCUGAAGGGCCUCUGUUUAAAACUGCUUGCAUUUAUUUUAAGACCAGGGAUGGGCUUAAGAAUGCUCUGAAAAGAUCUGGGCGGAUUGUGUGUCGUGGAGUUAUAAGUGUGGAAUCAGCUGCUUCAGUUGAGAAAAGGACACUGAUGAUCCCUGUUCCUAGCUUGAUUGGUGAUCCGGAUGUCCCAGCUGCAUUAGUAAAGAACCCCACCAGGACAAUAAAGAUACUACAGUUGACCAGUGAGAUAAGCUCACAUCAUAUUCAAGAAGCUUUAGCCUUCUGUGAGAGCAGUGUAUCUGGUUAUUUUUUAGGCUACAAGCCUUCUGUUGCUUAUGUGGAGUUUGAGUCAGAGAACGGCAAAGAAAGGGCUCUUGCCAAACAAUCCAUCAAUGUUCUUGGAAGGCAUUUGUUGAUGCUAAGAAUUGAUUCCCCAAGAACAACAGUGGUGAGAAUUUCAAACAUAGAGUCCCUUAAGAUAAGCAAUAUACUUUCGACGUGCAAAUCGAUGGGAGAAAUUAUCUCAGUCCUCAAUAGAGCUGCUGAUAUCUUAGAUGUGCGCUUUGGACUUGCUGAAUGGCCCAACAUGUUAAACAUUCUUAACAGACUGAACGGAAUUGAAGUAGGAGGUAGACGAUUGAGAGCUGAGCCUGCUCCUGUUUUCCCCCCUGAUAUACUAUCAGUUCUGUGGGAUCAACCAGAAGAAAGAAAGCGAGUAAAAGCCACAUUGCAGGAUUUGUUCAAUAAACUUGGGGGGAGUGCACUGGACUUGUCUGAAUUAUCAUCUCUACAGAACGCUUUUGUAGAUAAUAUUUGAUCCACAGGUAGAGGAAAGAAUCGACAUUGUAGCUAUAUGUCUUUUCUUACCCAUAUUCUUUUUAGAUCAGGGAAACAUGAUAGAUCAUCAAUGCAACUCGAUGCUACAAGAAAGUAGUUAAGCCAAGUUAUUGAAAAGUUUGAUUAGAAGUUAUACCUUCAAUUUCUUUGAAAAUUCAGUUCUAAAUGGGGCAUCAAGGUGAAAGCCCAAGGUAAUUCAUAUGCACGCAUUUAGCAAAGUCAUAUUCUUGUUGGGGGUACAGAUGAUUUUUAGCCUUGGCAGCUUUAGGUUAAUGCUAUACAUUUUUAUUCAUUUAUCCUAAAAAUUGUGAUUGUGUAUACUAAAG